CCUCUCUCUUUCAUAAGUCUAUUAUUUAGAAGAGCUUUAGUACUUAAAUGUUAAAUGGCCUUUAGGCCUUACGGAUUCACAAUCUCCUCCUCCCUUCGCAACGCUUCCGCCGCCAACGGCCGCCUCUUCUCCUUCCUCUCCACCUCUCCUUCUUCUUCUUCGUCGAAGAACCUCCUCUCGUCUCUCCGUGGAUUCGCCUCUAGCGCCUCGCUCUACCGUCAACAUCUCCGCCACCAACAACAACAACAACAAUCUCGCGCGAAAGGUUUGGAUAAACCGGAGACGAUGGCGCAGAAGAUCGGUAAAUCAAUCCGGCGUGCCGGUGCGCCGUCCAAGGCUAGGGUUUACGCCGAUGUCAACGUCGUUAGGCCUAAGGAGUAUUGGGACUACGAGUCCCUCGCUGUUCAAUGGGGUGUACAGGAUGAUUAUGAGGUGGUGAGGAAAGUGGGAAGGGGGAAAUACAGUGAGGUCUUUGAAGGCAUCCACGCCACUGAUGACGACAAAUGCGUUAUCAAGAUUUUGAAGCCUGUGAAGAAGAAGAAGAUUAAGAGAGAGAUCAAGAUUCUGCAGAACCUCUGUGGUGGGCCAAACAUUGUGAAGUUGCUUGACAUUGUUAGAGAUCAGCAGUCGAAGACGCCCAGCUUGAUAUUCGAACAUGUGAACAAUAAGGAUUUUAAAGUCCUCUAUCCAACGCUCUCAGACUAUGAUGUUAGAUAUUAUAUCUAUGAACUUCUAAAGGCGUUGGACUUCUGCCAUUCGCGAGGAAUCAUGCACAGAGAUGUGAAACCGCAUAAUGUCAUGAUUGAUCACGAGCAACGGAAACUGCGUUUAAUUGACUGGGGUUUGGCGGAGUUCUACCAUCCUGGGAAAGAAUACAAUGUCCGUGUUGCUUCAAGAUACUUCAAAGGUCCAGAGCUGCUGGUUGAUUUGCAGGACUAUGACUAUUCCUUAGACUUGUGGAGUCUCGGGUGCAUGUUUGCUGGCAUGAUAUUCCGCAAGGAGCCCUUCUUUUAUGGUCAUGACAACUAUGAUCAAUUGGUCAAAAUUGCAAAGGUACUUGGCACAGACGAACUCAAUACCUACCUAAACAGAUACCGCAUAGAGUUGGACCCUAAUCUUGCGUCCCUCGUUGGGAGACAUAGCCGGAAGCCAUGGUCAAAGUUCAUCAACUCUGAAAACCAGCACUUAGCAGUUCCUGAGGCGGUUGAUUUUGUGGACAAGUUGCUGAAAUAUGAUCACCAAGAAAGGCCAACUGCUAAGGAAGCAAUGGCACAUCCGUAUUUCUACCCGAUUAGAAAUGCCGAAAGCAGUCGCACCCCUCGCGGCUAAUGAUCCUGAAACAUUUGGUUGUUCAGUAUUUUGAUUUUCAUUUCUCUACGGAUUCUAUUUGUUUAAAAUCAAUUGGCCGUGUUUCUUUCUCUCAAUUGUGUGUUGCUGUGUGGUUUUUCUCAGUUUCUCUUUUGAAUCUGUUAUAAUAUAAAAUCUAACAUUCUUCUUUUAACA